GCGGCGGCAGAAGGAGACGUAACGCACGUGGAGGAGAGCAAGCGGCGCUCUCCACUUCUUCCGCGGGGGCGCACCCGAAACUGCUAGGGGGUGGGGGGGUUUGAGUCCGGGGCGGGACGCGGACGAUGCCUCUGGGUGAGCCGGAUAGGUGACCGGCGCGGGCAGAGGAAAUAAAGAGGACCUUUCUGUUAUCUCCUACCACCGAUUAGGGGGGAAAUAAGAGCGGCCCGGAAAGUGGGCGCGCGGAGGAGAGGAUCAUGGAAAACCCCUGGAACAGCGGGAGGGGGUGGACGCAGGCUGUGAGAUGGAAAUGGCUGAGGAGCUCGUUGCUGCUCUGCUUCUUCACUGGUGGCAGUGAAGCCCAGUGUGAAGGCUGUAUCGAGUACUGCUGCGAUGGAUCGCCACCUUUCUGCUGCUCCUAUUACGCUUAUGUUGGAGAUGUCCUUUCGGGCACUGCCAUCUCCGGUAUCGUUUUCGGCGUGGUGUUUCUGAUGGGGGCGGUGGCGGCCCUGUUCCUGUGCGUGUGCAUGUGCAUGAAGAACGGGCGUGGAGCGCGGGUCGGCGUGUUCAGCACCUCCUACAUUAACACCGUGACCCAGGGCUAUCCAGGUCCUCCACCUCCAUACACCUACGACUACGAGAUGUACCCCCCGUCCAUGCACCCGCCGCCUUACACCCCGACUCAGCCUCGGCCGGCCAACUACUCCCCACCUCCUCCUUACCCCGGCUGCACCCGCAAGUGAAUCCCUCCCCGGGGCCUGGGCUCCCAGACCUGGACCCAAAAGCUGCUAUUUGUGUGCCCGCGGCCCAGCAGCGGCGGUGGCAGCCACUCUCGGGCGAGACUCAUGGGAAAAUAAUCUUGUAGCGAAGUGUGUGGGUUAGGGCAGCUGAAGAAUGCCACAUCACGUCUGGCCUGCAGCUGGGACUUCUUUUUUUUUUCCUUCUUCUUCUUCUUCUUCUUCUUCUUCGCAGCUAAUAACCAAUACCCUGAUCCGUAACCCGCCUGUGCGGCAUCAAAGGCGCGCCGCCGCUUUGAUGGAGGAGAAGACCACUUUUGUCGGCACAGGGGGGGAACCUGACAUCACUGGAGGGCGAGAAAGUCUUUCCGGGACACAUUGUAGACUCUGCUUUUAUGGAAAGUUACCUAUCCGCUCCUUCAUUUAAAACUUAUUAAAAAAAAAUGUUAAUUUGUGUCAUGGACUGAGGUGGGAGGGGGUGAUUAAAGCUGUUUUAGGCAGGUCUGGACCUGUCAUGUGUGUACUCACAGUUGUAGAAUAAUAAUAAUAAUAAUGGCCUGAUGGUAAUGAACUGGCUUUUAUUGCCUUACUUGAAACGGAUUCUUGGAUCUAAAUUGUGAAGCGUUCACAUUUUAACCGAGUUGUUCGUGGGGUGGUAAGAAAAUCUGAAAGUGACCUCGCUGUGAAUGAUGGAAGGAGGCGUUUUUUUCUCACUGUUUAGUUGGAUGUGUGUGUUGUAAAUAAAAAGAUGCCUUUUUAAAUAUAAA